AUGUGCAGUUUUUUAUUAAUUUCACGUGAAGUUAGUACAGAACCUGUUCGACCAAAUGCCCCAAAGGAGCCUCUGUCCAUUGGCUCAUCGCGUGUCAAUGCAAUACAAUCACGCACCACCACCUUUCUCAUCCAUAGUAAAUCCAAACCCUUCUUCGUUCUCCCCUCUCUUCCAUUCUCAACCACCAUCCACAACCACACCAUUCAACAUGGACAACACCACCACUCCACCACCACCUUCCACAACCGCAACCUUGCCGCCAUCAUCCACUCCCUCUGUGACGCCCACUGUUUCGAUGAAGCCCACAACAUCUUCUCCCUCUUCCUCUCCUCCGGCUUCCUCCCUGACCACCGCACCUCCAACGUUCUCCUCUCCCGCCUCCUCCCCUCUCGAACCCCGCACCGAACCUGGGCUUGUGCCCUUUCUUUGAUCCAAGCUAACCACGGCUUCGUUCCCUCCAUUGUCACCUAUCACCGCUUAAUGGAUCACUUUUGCAGGUUUGGUCAACCCCGACAAGCUCACAUACUGUUCUUCGACAUGAAGGGUAGAGGGCAUUGCCCCAAUGUGGUUUCUUAUACUACUCUCAUUAAUGGGUACUGCUUAAUUGGUGGAAUUGGUGAUGCCCGCAAGGUGUUUGAUGAAAUGCUUGAUAGUGGUAUUGCGGCAAAUUCUUUGACUUAUAGUGUUUUAGUCGGCGGGUUUCUUAGGAAGAAGGAUAUAGAUGGAGUAAAGGGAAUGAUGUGCCAGUUGUGGGAAAAGAUGAGGGUUGAAAGCGAGGCUUCGAUGAAGAUGGCAGCCUUUGCGAAUCUGGUUGAUUCUCUGUGUAGGGGAGGGUUCUUCAAUGAAUUGUUUAGGAUAGCCAAAGAGUUUGCAUUAGGGGGCAGUUUGUGUGAGGAUGUUGCAUAUGGACAGAUGAUAGAUUCACUCUGCAAGGUUGGGAGGUAUCAUGCGGCUGCUAGGAUUGUGUAUAUAAUGAGGAAGAGAGGAUUAGUUCCGAGUGUAGCAUGUUAUAAUUAUAUUAUACAUGGGCUUAGCAAGGAUGGUGAUUGUAUGAGAGCUUAUCAGUUAUUAGAGGAAGCUGAAUUCGGAUUCUUGCUUUCUGAGCAUACCUACAAGGUGUUGGUGGAAGCUCUUUGCCAAGUGCUGGAUGUGGACAAGGCAAGGAAAGUUCUUGAACACAUGCUAAGUAGGGAAGGCGUCGACAAGACUAAGAUUUACAACACUAUUUAA